GAGGCUAGGUGGGGGAAGUACCGGCUCCGAUAUGACAAGUGUGCGGGCCAAGCCUGGCGCAGUGUGUAGCUAGCCGCGGCGGUAAGUGUGUGGCCUUCAGGUUCCUGUGUAAGAUGAGCGAGGUGGCGGAAUUCUUCCGGGGCCGGGCUGUCCUGGUGACGGGAGCCUCGGGCUUCAUGGGCAAGGUACUGGUAGAGAAGCUCCUGUACAGCUGCUCCGAUCUGCGCGCCAUCUACAUCCUCAUGCGCAAGAAACGCAACAAGGCACCGGAAGUGCGCACGGAGGAAAUGCUGAAGCUUCCGUUGUUCCACCGCCUGCGAAAUGAGAAGCCCGACGCACUGAACAAGCUGGUGCCUGUCCACGGCGACGUCACGCUAGAGGAGCUGGGUUUGACUCCCGAAGCUAAAACCAGGCUCCAAGAUGAGGUGUCCGUAGUGUUCCACUGCGCGGCCACCUUGCGGUUGGAAGCGAAACUAAAGGAUGCCACCGAGAUGAACACGGCCGGAACGUGGAGAUUAUUGCAGCUGGCUCGGGGCAUGAUCCACCUGAAGGUACGUUUAGACGACCCUGUACCUACUGCUGUGUUUACGUAGCUAUUUCUUAUCUUU